AUAUUACUACUAUCUUAAUGUUGAAAGAAAAGUUCAAACACUAAAUAUUACUCUUUUUUUUUUGGAAAAGUUGAUUAUUAUGGAUUGUUUGAGACUUGUAUUUCGUGCUAUUUGAAAUGGAUUUCCCGCUAUUUUAUUUUCAUGGUUGACUUUUACGAGGUAGCUGGUGUUUCUCGUAAUGCGAGCAAAGAAGAAAUUAAAAAAGCGUACAGAAAACUUGUGAUAAAAGUGCAUCCUGAUAAGAACCGCGAUGACCCUGAUGCCACUUCCAAGUUUCAGUCAUUGCAACAUAUUUUUGAAGUUCUUUUGGAUGAAGAGAAAAGAAAGAUAUACGAUGAAACAGGCCAAGACCCUGAUAGUGACGAGUGCUUUAGUAACCUUUCACCGGAAGAUAUCUUACGUUUUUGUCGUCAACACUUUGGUCAAGUAACGGAAGAGAGUAUCAUUGAGAUGGAAAGAAAAUAUCGAGGGUCGAAAGAAGAGGAAGAAGACUUGAAACAGUUUUAUAUUCGAUUUCAAGGAAAUUUGCAACGUAUUUUAUUUUAUAUUAUUUGUAGUGACGAUAGUGAUAUUCCUCGUUUUGUUCGAUUUUAUGAUGAAUGUAUAUCCAAAGGACUUUUGGAAUCAACUAGAUUGUAUAAGCAAUCCAAACGGAAGAUGUUGAAACGUUGCAAGUCAAUCAAGGAACGUAACUUAUCUUCCGUUGACAAUGAGCAAGGCACUCCAAGGAAAGAGGAUAACAAGAACAGUCUAACACAACUCAUAUUAUCCAAUCAAAAGAAACGAUCAGUUGCAUUUGAUAACUUUUGCGAUGCCAUAUUAGAGAAAGCAACUCAAAAUAAAAAACGAAUGUAAAUCUUCCCUAAAAAGAGAGUGACUCUUUCUUCUUAGACACGAAAACGGCAUUUGGG